CAAUUGUUAAUUGUAUGAUGCCUUAAAAAAAAAAAAAGAAGAAAAUGCAGUAAAUGCCAAAAUGUUUUUUGUGCUUUGUCUCCCCAGGAUGAGUUUUUAGAUGUGAUCUACUGGUUCCGGCAGAUCAUUGCAGUUAUUUUGGGAAUCAUCUGGGGAGUAGUUCCACUGAAGGGAUUCGUGGGAAUAGCGAUAUUCUGCCUGAUCAAUGCUGGUGUUCUGUACCUCUACUUCAGCAGCUUCCAGCAGAUAGAUGAGGAGGAGUAUGGUGGAACAUGGGAGUUGACAAAGGAAGGAUUCAUGACAUCUUUUGCGCUCUUUUUGGUUGUUUGGAUAAUCUUCUAUACUGCCAUCCACUAUGAUUGACACAGUCUGCAGCCCUUGCUUGUUAAAUCAAUCUUCAGUAAAUCGAGAAGAUUUUAAUAAAUCAUAGUCUCUAGUGGACUGGUGGGAAGGUGGGGGAAGCCAAAUCAACUCCCUUCUGUACCAGUGGUCUGAUCAGCCUGAAGAACCCCAACUGUUCUGCUGGAGAAGCCAGUCCAUCUCAGUUUUAUAUACCUGUUGUUCAUUGGAACUUUUACAAAAGCCAUUGAAAUUUUCAAAAGUGGUUCAAGACUGUUCAACUUUCGAACUUUUCCUGUGACUGUAGCCAGUAACUGUGUCAAACUUCUGUAUGCUGAAGGUUGAAUCUGAUAAUUUAAUGUGUGUAUGCCCUCUGUUUGAGAUCUGUCAUUAAAUCCUGACUUGUCUUCCAUUGUUGUCCUUCAGACAAACAGUUUCAAAAAAGCAACUGUAAAGUACUUGGGCGGAAGGCACUGCAGCAUCCAGGAUAUGAGUUCAGUGGCUGUCCUCAACAUGUUUUGAAGUGAUCAGGUCUGAUUUGAUUAAACAGACUAUGUUGUUACCAUUUCUAAUAGUUUUUCUGUUUUACUUGCAAAUCACUUGCUCACCAGAAUUUUCAAAUAGUCUUUGCUGAAGACAGUUUUUUAAGCAACUUUGCUGGAAAGAAUUAUGAUUAAUUGGUUAAUGAAUGUUUAACUUGUGAGCGGUAUUCAGGAGACUUAGAAACUCCACUGCAUUUUGCUAGCCUGCCUACUAACUCAGUUGCUGGAGCUUACCACAGAGUUCAGUAGUCCUAAUGGACAGUCAUGCUGGAGGUAUCCUUUUAAAGGUUAAGCAUUUAAAUUCUAAAAUAAUUUUUUAUUUUUAAAGAUGUUGAAUUCAAUGGGAUUCGGAUGCUUUUUGUUGAUAAAUGGAGGAGACUAAGACACAAUUGAGGCAGCUAACAUCUUAAACACAGAAUUACUAACUUGGACAUCAGACAUACUCAAUAAAGUACGAGGCCUCAAAAACCAGAGGCUUUCUUUGAGCUGAUCAGUCCAUAGAUCAGUUCUUCCCUAGUGAUGCCCUUUUUAGGCAUCAGUCAGAGGAUUUCUCCUUUAAAAUAUUUUUAAAGACAUGUCUUUCAGAAAUUGUUACGGCAAAACACGCACAGUCCCAUCUGCUUGUUGUCAGAGGACCUUGUAGUCUAGUUGCCGUGUAGUCCUUGCUUUUCUACUGCUCACACACUCAAAAGAGUGCUUAUCUAAAGUUGCCUUAUAGUGAGGAUUUGAUAGUUUUAAUAUGCUCUUGCUAAAAGUCUACAUUGCUUCCUUGUUGCUGGAAGUCUAACAGCCUGGUUCUUAUAUGUGAGUGUGCAAAGCUGGGGAUCUAAAUCCCUCAAAGUGCUGAGCUGAUGCUCCAGAAUCACCCACCCAUGCAGGCCUCCAUCCUUAUCAUGGGAGAUUAUCUGUUCUGCAUGGAAAAAAACACAGCUGGCUAUUUUAGGUCCUCAGUUUGCUGAUGGAAAAGUGCAAUAGCAGACAGCUUCUGCUACAUGUGAAUUGCCAAGUAAAUUGUCUCAAACAGAAACUUCUAUGUUUGUUCCUCUCCAGCCCCAAAUUUGAUCUUUUUCCUCUUCUGUCAGCUGAAAGCAUUAAUUUUCCAUGAGAAUUACACAGCCUGCUAUUUGUAGGUCACCCCUUGUUACUGGCAUCAGUUUGCCUCUUUACUAUCCCCAGCCAUCAGUAAAAUCGUUGUAUACUUGAAAUGCUCUAAUAAACAUCACCUGGAUUACCA